AAAAUCCUCCAAAAGCUCUGAGAGCUCACACCAAUUAAUCCCAAAAGAGAUGGAAGAUGACAACCAUGGAAAUAAUAGGCUAAAUGGUCCAAAUGGAGGAAGCCCUGAAAACCCAUGUUUAAACAACAGCACUCCUGCUAGUAGCUGCAACUCCAACAUUAAUAUUCACCACAAUCAUAAUCAAAGUAACAAUCACAAUCACCACCACCACAGCAGCAAUAAAGAACAAGACAGGUUUCUUCCCAUUGCGAAUGUGGGUCGCAUUAUGAAGAAAGUGAUUCCGGGCAAUGGAAAAAUCUCGAAAGACGCAAAAGAGACUGUCCAAGAAUGUGUGUCCGAGUUCAUUAGCUUUGUCACCGGUGAAGCCUCUGAUAAAUGUCAAAGGGAAAAGAGGAAGACCAUUAACGGCGAAGACAUCAUAUGGGCUAUCACAACACUAGGCUUUGAGGAUUACGUGCACCCUCUAAAAUUGUACCUCCAAAAAUAUAGAGAGCUUGAAGGGGAGAAGCUAAAUGUUCCAAAGCAACAAAGAUUGGAGCAAAGGCUGCAGCAACAGCAACAACAGCAAGUAGUACAACAAGAACAAGAGCAACAAAGUAUACCUAAUUCGUAUAGUGUAUAUUCAUCGACGAGUCUCUUGUCUCAACCGACUUCUUUCAUCACUACUCAUCAUCAUGAUCCCGCAUUUUCGUUGCCUUUCUCGCCAAGCUCAAUUCAAAAACAGCUACAGCCACAAGAUCAGAUUGAUUCAGUGGGGCAUUGGUAAAUUAAGAAGAAAAGGCUGGAGUAAACAGACGGUUUCUUUUCCUCUCUCUCUUUGUAUUCCCGACUUGACCCUCAUUGUAUAGCAAGUUAGCAACUACCAGGGAGACGGGAGACCCUCGUUAUUGCAGUAUUUCCAAACCUGGUACGUACGUGGCCAAAUAUAUAGCAAUGUGAGCUUUUUGUUUUCAUAAUUAAGCAUGCAAAAGCGAACAAAAAGAAAAGAUGUGGCAUUCAAACUCAUUCCAUCGUGAAGUACUAAAUGUUACUCAUGACUUAAUUGACUCUUCAAGUGUAUUCACGUACGUACAUCUUAUUGCAUUGAUAUAUUGCUAAUUUUUAGGAUUCAGUGCGUGCGUGCGUGCGUGUAUACUAAUAAGAUCAUAUGUAUCGUAGCAAAGAUAACUUCUCUAAGCCUAAGAGAUAGAGGAAUUUGUGGCUGAUUUACCCCUUCAUGUUUCUCAUAAGGGAACACAUGACGGGAACGGUGUUGUUCAUGGGGCAGGUGCUCAAUCCUCUUGCAGUCUGAUUAUUAGUGUAGGAAGCUAGAGAUGCAUAUUCUUUAAUGUAGUUUCAAUUUUUAAGCAUGUUUGAUUAUUUUGGAUUAUAUUUUCUAGUUUACUUGCUACUUACCAAGACAUAUUAAACCUUCAACCUAAAGAAUCAGUUUUAAUUGUAGUUAAUAAAAAAAAUAUAUGUGAUAACUUGGGAUGUGCGAUUCGGAGAUCUAGCAGCAGGAUGGUUUCUUCCUUUGAAACUCGAUCACUUAUUUAUAUACUUU